AUGGAUGCACCAGUGGUCUUCAUGGAGGCAGAGUUUUACCAGCAGAGUUUCCAGCAGAGUUUCGACCCUCAGGCAUAUCUGAAAGAAUAUUACAGCAUGAGUGACAGCCAGGAAGGGGCAAACUUGUUUCUGAGGCAAAACUUGAGGAACCUGCACAAGAUGUUCUCCUCAGACGGGCUGAGAGGUGGCACCCUGAUAGAUGUCGGCUGUGGCCCCACCAUCUACCAGCUUCUGUGUGCUUGUGAGCACUUCCAUGAGAUCAUCGCCCUGGACCACACUGACCGGAACCGCCGGGAGCUGGGGAGGUGGCCGAGGAACGAAGAGGGAGCCUUUGACUGAGUGCUGGUGGUGAAAUACAUGUGUGAGCUGGAAGGGGACAGGGAGAAGUGGGCUGAGAAACAGGAGAAAGUGAGGAAGAAAGUGAAGCAGGUUCUGAAGUGGGACGUGACCAAAGCCAACCCCACAGGCCUCAUGUCCCUGCCACCAGCUGACUGUAUUGUCUGCACCCUGUGCCUGGAGGGCACCUGCAAGGACCUGCCCACCUUCAGCAGCGCCCUGAGGAACAUCGGGACCCUCGUGAAGCCAGGGGGGCACCUGGUGCUGGUGACCGUCCCUGGGGAAUCCUACUACGCCUUCAACAAGCAGGUUUUCUCCUGCCUCCACCUGGAGAAACACGAGGUGGAGGCAGCUGUGGAGGCUGCUGGCUUUGAGGUGACAUUCAGCGAGGCACAGCCACACGUGGUGAGCAGCGAGCGCACGGACUGCCGGGGUCUGCUCAGCGUGGUGGCACACAGGGGUCCCUCCACAGUGAGUGUGUCUGCUCAGACACUCCCCUCGAAGAAGGAUGCAGCCACCCAGGUGUCUGGGAGUGCUGAGUGUCUGAGCCUGACGUUGGUACCAGAGGAUGGUGUAGGAGGUAGCUGUGUACGAUGCGAGCAGAUGAAUGACUUGCUGUGCCUGGUAGCAGAACUUAAGGAAGAGAUCUCCUUUUACGAUCAGGUGACUCACCUGGUAGAUGAGGGGAAGAGUAAGUUUGACCUGCAGUAA